AAAUGACAGUGCAAUAAAUACAAAUUUCUAAAUAAGUAUAGAAGUGAUUUUGCGUUUCGCAAUGACCCUUUAAUUACAGUAGUAAUAUGACAAAUGAUAAAAUCUCACACUAGUACACAAGUGAUAUUCCGAGCCCAUUCAUCAUUCAGCAAAAGGAAUUUCGUUGACCGAACGCAUACUACAGGUAAAAGGGUAAACUUUACUCAAAGAGUAAAGUAUGUAGCAGAAAUAAAAUUGAGUCCAGCUGGAGAUUGUGAAAUAGGACCCAAAAUUACGAACUCAAUACGGAAACGUGAAAGAGAUUACAAAAAAAAACGUUGCUAUAUUGACUAAAGCAGUAGUUUUGACGUUCGACUGUGAGCUGACGAAUGACGUGCUUGCAACAAGUGGAUUAGUUGCUUCUUCGGCCAGCACUUCAGUUAUCGAACUUACGUAAAAAAUGAACGCGGCACUUGCCAUCGUAAUGGUCUUUGUUGGAUGCUGCAGUAAUGUGGUAUUCCUGGAGUUGUUAGUGAAAAUUGAUCCCGGCUCGGGUAAUCUGAUAACGUUCUUGCAAUUCCUGUUCAUCUCCGUGGAAGGAUUCCUAUUUACAUCGAAAGCUGGCACGGUGAAACCACGGAUAGGUUUGAAAGACUACACGAUUCUGGUGAUCAUGUUUUUCGUUACCAGCGUGUGCAAUAAUUAUGCAUUCGACUUCAAUAUUCCCAUGCCACUGCACAUGAUCUUCCGGGCGGGGUCGCUAAUCGCCAACAUGAUUAUGGGUAUUAUCAUUCUACGGAAGCGUUACGUUUUCUCCAAGUAUCUAUCGGUGGCGUUGAUCACCAUGGGAAUCGUUAUCUGUACAAUAGUUUCCGGCAAGGACGUCAAGAGUACUCAAGUUAAUGAGGUUGUAGAGGAAGAUGCCAUGAGCGUAUUCUUCUGGUGGACUGUCGGAAUCACUCUGCUAACGCUAGCUCUGUUUAUAUCAGCUCGAAUGGGACUCUAUCAGGAAGUGCUGUACAAACGCUACGGAAAGCACCCAAAAGAGGCACUGUUCUAUACGCAUCUUCUUCCGCUGCCUUUUUUCCUCAUCCUAACGGGAAACAUUUGGGAACAUAUCAAACUAGCAAAUGCGAGUCCGCUGUACGACGUCCCAGUAUUGAACGUAGCUGUGCCCAUCACCUGGCUCUAUCUGUUGGGCAACGUACUAACUCAGUACGUCUGCAUUAGUUCAGUAUAUGUCUUAACGACGGAAUGUUCCUCGCUCACGGUUACUUUAGUAGUCACGCUCAGAAAGUUCGUAUCGCUGCUGUUUUCAAUUGUUUACUUUAGCAAUCCGUUCACCAUCUAUCACUGGAUCGGGACAAUCAUGGUAUUCACGGGAACGAUCAUCUUCACUGAAGUGGUCGGUAAAUUUCGACAAGCACUGGCACCCACUCAAGCCCCAGUGGAUAAGAAGGCCAACUAAUUGCGAGGCUCUGAGUAAAUCAAAGUUACUAGUUGUUUCUUCGUUUAAUAUUUUUGCGAUUUGAAAGUAAUUCGACAGUCGAGGCUGGUUUGGUGCGAUUUUUCAGGGGAUUUCAUAGGAUUAAAGUAGACACACACUAGACCUUGUUUUUAGGUAGCUCAAAGUACGUUUUUUAUCAUUAGACUGUGAAGUUUUGGCCGCUAAAACUUCAUUCGCACGCAUAGUCCGCAGCUUUAAAGAUAAAUAGGUAGUAAUUUUGACAAAUACUCCUGGAACAUGGAUGGAAUAAAUUUUAUUGUAGCCGCAGAAUCUUUCAAAUUAAGGAAAUGUUUUUAAAGCAGUCGCUCAAAUAAAAACAAUUAGGCUAUAGGUAGUUUUCUUUCAGUACGAUGACCUAGUCUUGUAUAGUCGCUUGCAAUAAAAGCAUCGUAUGUUGAAUUUUUCCAUGAAAACUGCUAA